AUGCUUUCUUUGGUGCGAUCCUCUCUAAAUGUGUCUUCUCUGCUAUUGCAGCCGUUAUGCACGAGACGAANCGAGACGAACCCAGCCACUGUUUCUCCAACCGAUUCAACAUCCGGAGACCAAACAGAAGCUUUGCUCAUCAGUUUGGAUGGUCUUCGGAAAUCGCAAACACCGUUACAGUCCGCCGAUUGCGCACAACUUCGCCAAGCUUUCGCCUGCCGUCGCGCGCACGCACGUUGCCUAGCUCUAGAUGUUCUAGCUUUACGAGCCGGACCGAGAUUAUGCGUGGGCUCAGUUCUAGCCGGUGAAUUGGUCCUCUGGCACACACAGGAUACGGAUGCACGAGUACGUGAUCGUGCAUUUCGCUGCCUCCUAUCGUGGACCACAGCCUCGCGGUCCGGACCGUCAGGCGAACUGCAUGCAAGCUUGAAAUCGGAAAGAACCUGCUGGAUCCAGUCAAAUUUGGAAUCUGCUUAUUCUACUGCUUGUCAUGGACUUGCAGAUGUGGAGGAAAUGGUUAGUUGA